AUGUCAGACGUCAUCAGAAGGUACGAUCCUACCCCCUGCGAGCAGGCAUAUCAGGAUGGAUGUGUGCAUGUCGAGUGCUUUGGCCAUUACAAGAAGUGGUGCCGCUGCCGCUGCAACUGCUGCGUCCACUGCCAUUCCACCCACGCCGCCGCUGACCCUUCUGGAGUCCACGAAUACGACCCCUCGAUUGCCCCGCCCCACAGGGUUCGCCACGUCCUCUCCGGAGCCUCGCUCGGCUCCUCCGCCGUCCCAUGCGCCGGCCUCCGCCUGCAGUACUCCUCCCUCACGCAGCGGGGCUACUACCCCGGCUGGCCGGACCGCGCCAACCAGGACAGCUUCUACGUGAAGACGCAAUUCCAGGGCAACCCGGACCUCCACUUCUUCGGCGUGUUCGACGGCCACGGCGACCUCGGCGCCCAGUGCUCCGCGUUCGUCCGCGACAGGCUCACGGACAUCUUGGCCGGUGACCCUCGCCUGUGGGAAAACACCACGGAAGCAUACCGCUCGGCCUUCGCCGCCACGAACAUGGCGCUCCACGACAGCGAGAUCGACGAUUCCUCGAGCGGCACCACCGCGAUCACAGUUCUCGUUCGGGGGGACACCCUCGUCGUGGCGAACGUGGGGGACUCGCGGGCGGUGGCAGGCGUUUGGGACGGAGAUCGCGUGGUGGCGGAGGACCUGUCGAGCGACCAUAAGCCGCUCCGGGAGGACGAGCGCGAGAGGUUGAGGCAGUACGGGGCGAUGGUGUCGGGGGAGGAGGAUCCCGACGAACGGAGCUUGAGCGACGAUGAGGAGACAUACAUACCCAACACACCGAGGCUGUGGGGGCGGUACUUCGGAUUGGCUUUAUCGAGGAGCUUCGGAGACUCGGACUUGGAGAGCGUCGGCUUGAUCGCUGUGCCGGAGCUGAAGGUGGUGAAACUAACCGCAAACCAUUCGUUCUUCGUGGUGGCCAGCGAUGGGGUCUUCGACUUCCUCUCAAGUCAAGCCGUGGUCGACAUGGUACAGUAGGAAUCGUAGCUUCGUUUGAGCUCUCUUCGUUGUCUCUUACAGAUACAUGCCUGUUAUCGCAGGUGUCCUGUUUCGCGGAUCCUCGGGAUGCCUGUUCUGCCAUUGCUGCCCGGUCUUACCAGUCGUGGUUACGGCAUGGACGACGGCAUGGACGACGGCUUGGACGAAGAACCGAUGAUAUCACCAUCAUCAUCGUUCAACUUAAAGAUUUGGCUGAGGGGGAUUCAACUACAUAACGAUGAUGAUGAUGAUCGCUAUGGCAAUAUGUAUCUCUAUCUUAUUAGUAUAUUAUUAUGUACACUAUUUAAAUUUAACAUAAUAAAAAAAGAAACGCACAGAAUACUAAAUUUACA